AUGUCGAGCGGCAAUACCUCGUCCAAGAAGGUGUUGCUACGGACCUUCGAAGACUGGGGCCGCUGGGACGAAGAAUUCCAAACAAAGUCCAUCAGUCUGCAUCUAUGGAAUUGCAUCAACCCAGACAGCGACGAGGCUUUGAUGGAGAAGCCUGGAAGACCGGCAUUCGAAUCUUACAAUCGGAAGAUUCCUCCUAGAGCCACCGACCCGGAGCACCUGUCCCAACAGGGAAGACAGACCCGCCACAGUGGGCAAUCGAGUCAGACGAUCAGCCAGUCCUCGACAGGCGACCCUGCGACUUCGAUUACAGAAACAACCGACCCACAGCUGCGGGCUCGAAACCUAUCCGAACUUACGGCGGACGACAAAGCCUCCUUUACGUUCGAAUGGAGAGUGUACGAGCAAGACUACAAGGAAUACAAAGAACAAGAAACAAAUUCCGAGAAGCUGAAGGCCUGGGUUAUUGACACGGUAGACUAUGGCUUGCGCCAAAGCUCCUGUCGUGCAAUAUGGGACCUCCGGACGUGGUAUUCCAACCUACGGACAAGUGUGGGAGCUACCGAAAGGGAACAGCAAACUGCAGCUCGUCGAAAAUAUCAGGCAGCUACGACAACCCUAACCAGGGUGCCCAAGGAUUUCGCUGGAUGGAUCACUUCCUGGGAAAUGGCUACGAACCAUGCGCUCGUCAGAAAGACUGGCGGAGUGGAGGACCCCAAUACUUGGUUCGACGACUUAACCAAGGCUAUCCAACCAAUUUUGGGUAGUUGGGUCACCAUUUACGCAGGAAUCUACAAAGACAAACUUGAGGAGAAGUCGUUAACGAUCGGAGAGGUCGCGAAGGACCUCAGAAAGGAAGCUGAACGUCGCGAUCUCCUUGGCUUCCAAGAGAAAGGCUCCCAGGUCACCAGAGGCGUAUUUGGUCCGACAUUCGCCGCAGUGCCAGAAACGACAGCCCAGCCAGAUGCUGUACCAAACAACGAAGGGAGCAGCACACACACUCAAGACCAAUCCAACAGCCGAAAGCGAAAACGAACAGCCACCACAGGAAGCACCGGCGUAGUGUGUAAAGCCUGUGACGGCAUUCACGCACUGGAAAAGUGUUAUUACGUUUUUCCAAAGAAUGCACCAGAAUACUUCAAGGGCAGGAAGCUGAUCCGUGACGCGGUUGAGCAUCGGCUCAAGAACGACGCGUCCUUGAAGGAAGAAAUCAACCGCAUCAAGAAAGUCAAGCAACUUGAAGGUGCCGAUUGA